AUGGAUUUCGCGUUUCACCGCACCACCUUCAUACUUGAAUAUGUUCUGUUAAUACUUUUGACACCUGUGUUCUCCCGCAGUCUCCUAAUGAAACAGAAGAAAUUCCUCUACAACUUCAAGAACUUGCGCUGGGCCAAAGGCCGUCAUGAAACAUACCUUUGCUACGUGGUGAAACGUCGGAACAGUGCCACAUCCUGCUCUCUGGAUUUUGGAUAUCUGCGCAAUAAGUCAGGUUGCCAUGUCGAAGUUCUCUUUCUGCGUUACAUUUCCACUUGGGAUCUGGAUCCAAGGCACUGCUAUCGGAUCACCUGGUUCACGUCUUGGAGCCCCUGUUACGACUGUGCCCGGCAUGUGGCUGACUUCUUGAGUGCUUAUCCUAACCUAACUCUGCGCAUCUUUGCUGCCCGCCUGUACUUCUGUGAGGAGCGCAAUGCUGAGCCCGAAGGGCUACGACGUCUCCACCGUGCAGGAGCUCAGAUUGCCAUCAUGACUUUCAAAGAUUACUUUUAUUGCUGGAACACCUUUGUAGAGAACCGCAAGAAGACCUUCAAAGCUUGGGAUGGGCUUCAUGAAAAUUCUGUGCGUCUUGCCAGAAAACUCCGUCGUAUUCUUUUGCCACUUUAUGAGGUUGAUGACCUGCGAGAUGCCUUCCGAAUCCUUGGACUUUAA